GUGACAUUCUCAGCAUUUGGAGCCUUCAUUCAUGCUGGAGUCCUGAUGCGCAGUCAGGAGGACCAGCCGUGCGCACAGCGCUGCUUCUGAACGUCUCCUCCCCUGUUUCUGCAGUGUUACUGUUUUUCCCUCCCGCUCAUCGCGCGUUGUGCCAACGCUGCCCACACCGCAGGAGCAGGACGGGACUCACGUUUGCGCAGCAGCACGCUCCUUUUCUCCCCGUUCGCCUGAUUCCUGGGCUUGAUGUCCAUCUUUGUCCUGAUCCGCGCGCUGCCCGCUCUCAAUUCAUUCCCGCCUACUCUCAUUUGCAGUCCUUGCUUCUUUGCGUUCCACACCUCAAACUGAGGAGCAGUGCCAUUUCUGUGCUCAGCUUUUUCUUUUCUGGCACUAAAGGAGCACCUUCAGUAAUUUUAUUGAUUUAUAGAUGUGAGGAAUUUGUGGCUGAUUCGAGCGGGUCGAAUCAAGAUAGAGACAGCCAAUUAUUUUAUUAUUUUACGCACCACAGCUGCACGGAUCUGGAGCUGUGAGGCUUUGAGGCUUUGGGGGAAAACCUGCCCUGCUUUGAGGAGAGGCGUCGCGCUGAUCCCACAGAGGAGGUCCAGUCAGGAUAAGUGACCGGACUGAGUUUGUUAUUGGCGGUCAGAAAACAUACGUGUCAUUUCGCGCAACAAGCAGGGAGCACGGCGCCAGCCUGCUGUGUGGAUGGCACAGGGGGUGUCUUCCUCUGUUAAUCUGGUGCAAGGGGGGCACGCUGUGACCACCAUCCAGCUGAGACUCCGGGCUUUCUAGCAAUGUGAGAGUUCAGUUACUCUCCUGAGGUCACAACAUCCACACCGGGCUGACUCACACACAGCUGCACACAGGUGCAGAGGUAACAUUUUUAGCGCUGCGCAGCACACAAUGACCACAUGUGUGGGAGUUGAACCACAUUGCUCAACGGCUGUGACUCAACCAUACAGGUGACCCUUCAAAUGCAACACAGUUUAAUCUCCAGACCCUACAUCGUCACUCAGCCAUGAUUCCGCUCAAGCGCAUCUUAAAAUACCCUCAACCUGUCAACCCUUAUUUGCUCAUCUCCCUUUUGCUGAUCCUUCUCCCGGGAGCAACUAGAUUUUCCCACGCCGGCAGCACACAUGAAGGCAACAGCAGCGCCCCGAGCAACUGUUCAAGUGAGGAUAACUGUUCCGACGGUGUGGUGCUGCCAAUGUGGAACCCCCAGAAUCCCGCUGUGGGUGAUAAGGUGGCGCGUGCCAUUGUUUACUUUGCAGCUCUAAUAUACAUGUUCCUGGGCAUGUCCAUCAUCGCGGAUCGUUUCAUGUCAUCGAUUGAAGUCAUCACUUCUCAGGAAAAGGAGAUCACCAUCAAGAAGCCAAAUGGUGAGACGACAACCACAACUGUGAGAAUCUGGAACGAGACUGUGUCCAACCUGACCCUGAUGGCUCUGGGCUCAUCGGCACCAGAGAUCCUCCUCUCUGUCAUUGAAGUGGUGGGUCACAACUUCGAAGCUGGAGCUCUGGGGCCCAGCACAAUUGUGGGCAGCGCUGCUUUCAACAUGUUCAUCAUAAUUGCUAUCUGUGUCUACGUGGUGCCAGAAAGUGAAACUCGUAAGAUAAAGCACCUGCGGGUGUUUUUUGUCACUGCCGCCUGGAGCAUAUUUGCCUACAUCUGGCUGUACCUCAUCCUGUCUGUGUUCUCCCCUGGAGAGGUGGAAGUUUGGGAGGCAGUCCUCACCUUCCUCUUCUUCCCCCUCUGUGUGGUGCAAGCUUGGAUCGCAGAUCGCCGCCUGCUCUUCUACAAGUAUGUCAACAAGAGGUAUCGUGCUGACAAAACCCGUGGCAUCAUCAUCGAAUCAGAAGGAGACGCCAUGUUCACUAAGAUGGACUUGGAGAUGGAUGGGGAGGGUGCAAACUCCCAUGUUCACCCCAAAGAGGCUCUGGAUGGGAUGUUGGAAGGGGUGGAGGAAGGUGGAGGGAUGAGCCCAGAGCAGGACCAAGAGGAAGAGGCCCGUCGGGACAUGGCUCGCACCUUGAAAGAGUUAAAACAGAAACAUCCGGAGAAAGACAUGGAACAGCUGAUUGAGAUGGCCAACUACCAGGUGCUGGUCCAGCAGCAGAAGAGUCGCGCCUUCUAUCGCAUUCAGGCCACACGCAUGAUGAUCGGGGCCGGAAAUAUCCUGAAGAAGCAUGCUGCUGACCAGGCCAGGAAGGUGGUGAGCUGUCAUGAAGCCAGCGGCCAGGAGGAGGAUCCCAAUACCAUCUACCUGCAGUUUGACCCCUCUCACUAUCAGUGCUUCGAGAACUGUGGCUCAUUGAAGCUUUCAGUGAGCCGGCAUGGAGGAGAAAGUGGCUGCACUGUUAAGGUGGAUUACCGGACGGAGGAUGGAACUGCCAACGCCGGCUCCGAUUAUGAGUUUGCUGAGGGCACUCUGGUCUUCAAGCCAGGUGAAACCACCAAAGAGUUCACGGUGGGCGUCAUCGACGAUGACAUUUUCGAAGAAGACGAGCAUUUCUACGUCCGCCUGAGCAACCCGCGCAUCGUUCACCGAGCCGAGGUGUCCAUCCUGGAGCCAAGCUCCAUCACCUCCAGCAACAGCAUGGUGGGCAUCUCCUCCCACAUCCCUCCAAAAGCAGCCCUGGGGAAAGACCCUGUCGCCACGGUGACAAUCUACGACGACGACCACGCCGGCAUAUUCACCUUUGAGAGCAAGUCCAUGAGGGUCAGCGAGAGCGUGGGCAACAUGCAGGUUAAGGUUCACCGGACAUCCGGGGCGAGGGGGAAGGUGGCCGUGCCGUACCACACUGUGGAAGGCACGGCCAAAGCCGGGGAGGACUACGAAGACGUGUCGGGGAAGCUGGAGUUCCAGAACGAUGAAACUAUGAAGCUGCUAAAUGUGAAGAUCAUUGAUGAUGAGGAGUACGAGAAAAACAAGAUCUUCACAGUAGUACUGGAGGAGCCCAUUCUGCUGGAAGUGGGACAGAGACAUGGAGACACCAAUGACAACAAGACGGCGGUGGGGCCGGAGGACGUGUCAAAGAUGGGUUGCCCCAUCCUGGGGGAGCACACUAAACUGGAGGUGGUCAUUGAGGAGUCCUAUGAGUUCAAGAGCACAGUGGACAAGCUGAUCAAGAAGACCAACCUGGCUCUGGUGGUGGGCAGCAGCAGCUGGAGGGAGCAGUUUGUUAGUGCUGUCACUGUCAGUGCAGGUGACGAUGAUGAGGAGGAGAGCGGUGAAGAACGACUGCCGUCCUGCUUUGAUUACAUCAUGCACUUCCUGACGGUUUUCUGGAAAGUUCUCUUUGCUUUUGUCCCUCCGACUGAGUACUGGAAUGGCUGGGCCUGCUUCUUUGUCUCCAUCUCCCUCAUUGGCGCUCUCACAGCUGUGACCGGAGACUUGGCCUCACACUUUGGCUGCACCGUCGGCCUCAAAGACUCUGUCACCGCUGUGGUGUUCGUGGCUCUGGGCACCUCCAUUCCAGACACAUUUGCAAGUAAGGUGGCUGCCAUCCAGGACCAAUAUGCCGAUGCCUCGAUCGGGAAUGUGACGGGCAGCAACGCCGUGAACGUGUUCCUGGGCAUUGGGGUGGCGUGGACCAUUGCAGCCAUUUACUGGCACACCAAAGGAAAGGCAUUCAAAGUGAACCCAGGCUCCCUGGCCUUCUCAGUCACCCUCUUCACCAUCAUGGCUCUGGUGUGUGUGAUGGUCCUGCUCUACCGCAGACGUUCCAGCGUGUCAGGUGGAGAGCUUGGGGGCCCACGGACAGCCAAGCUCCUCACCUUCUUCCUGUUCCUCUCCCUCUGGUUCAUCUACAUCCUGCUGGCCUCCUUGGAGGCAUACUGCCAUGUGCCUGGCUUCUGAGACCAAGAGAAAAGCACAGACGUGACUUUUCUCCUUGUUUUUACACUCUGUUGAACAUGUUUUUCUCUGUUUAUGUCUAUUUUCUCAAAGGUUUGUAACUAUUUGUAUCAUUACUUACUACUAAUACUGCACAAUAUCUCACUGACAAUGAAUCCAAGGACUUGCAAUUUUGUUACCACUGUUUAACUGUGAAAUUCUAGCUUCAGCCAUUCAAAUUUGUAACUUUUCGGCUUUGUUUUCACAUUUCUUAAUACUGUUACAGACAUGUAUUUUUUAUCUGUAUAAUUCGCAUCAAAUCCAUUUUUGACAAAUUCACCUUUUUUUGCUCAAAGUGCAAUAUUGAUGUUUUUAGAUGAACAACCUUUGCAUUUGGUGGAUAAUGUUAAAGUGGAAUACAAUUAAAUACGGUGCAUGGUGUGACCCUAUGUAUUUACAUACACGAGAAGAUGAAAGGUUACAAAAAAUGUGAUAUUGCGUGUUAAAUUUAAACAUGAAUUAUUCAUUGUGAUCAUGUACAUGAUGAACUAUGUGCGUGGGAGUUUUGUAUAAGAUGUUUUUUUUUUUCUUUUUAAUUUUGCACGGUAUCAGAUGAACAGCUUCUUGGUGAACUCUUUUUUUUUUUUAGUGCUGUAAUAUUUUGACAAGGUUUUUGAACUGUAGAUGUGUUCCUGUACACGUGAAUCACAGCUGUAUCAUACUUUCUUCACUGCCUGGCUCCCCUCUCAACAAAGCGUUCUCCAUCAGACAAAAAAAAAAUUUGAUUUUGUUUUUUUCUCAUCAGAAAUUAUCCUGAACCAGAGCUCCUGCUUUAAGCUGUACAAAAUUCUUUGAUUACAAAAUAAUGAACUUGAUGUGUGUGUGUGUGUAAAAUGAGUGUGCACAACGAGUCUGUGAAGCACAACUUUGUCUUUGAUUUCACAAAUGGUACAAAAUGGUAAAAUAGUCUGUAUCGGUAUGAAAAAGAAGUUUACUCCUCUAUGCUAACCAACUGUUUUUCAAAAUUUUUAAUAUUUACAUUUUAAACAUAAGAACAGGGAGAUUCUUUAUCACAGCACAAUCACAUCAUUGGACCUGCAAAUGCAAAAUAUUUGUUAUUCAUUUCUUCCAGUGUCUCCUUGUGUCCCACAGUGGGUGAUACUGCAGUUUUUUUUGUAAGUAAGCUGGAGUCUGUAUAGCCAUAUUAGUUGUAACUGUAUUACAGUAGAGUUAUUUCUAUGAUCUAUUUUACUUUAUUGGUAUGCACGUUUAAUGUAUAAAUAGUGGAAAUAAAUGGUUCCGAUUUAUAAUACCA